AUGGAGACAACCACCGCCACUGUGAGGAGUUACAUCACCACUGCCCUGAGCGGCACGGCCUCCUCAGGCCCCUUGGUGGAUUUCCUCUGGAUGCUGAUAUUAGGUUUCAUCAUUGCCUUCAUCCUGGCAUUCUCAGUGGGUGCCAAUGACGUAGCAAAUUCCUUUGGCACCGCCGUGGGCUCUGGGGUGGUGACCCUCCGGCAAGCCUGCAUCCUGGCAUCUAUCUUUGAGACGGUGGGCUCUGUGUUGCUUGGAGCCAAAGUAAGCGAGACCAUCCGGAAGGGGCUGAUAGACGUUGAAAUGUACAACAGCACCCAAGAGCUUCUCAUGGCUGGCUCCAUCAGUGCCAUGUUCGGUGAGUAAAACAUCCAUUCCUUCUUGCCUGCGCUUGGAAACUUAAAAGCACUUGAAUGUGGCUCACAUUGUUCAUGCUGGGCGUCUGGCUGUGAAUUAACACUUCGAGUGGCUCAGUGGUUGCCCAAACUCCUCUUAACCACUUUGCCUUUCUUUCUUAGGCUCAGCUGUUUGGCAACUAGUGGCUUCGUUUUUGAAGCUUCCCAUUUCUGGUACACAUUGUAUUGUCGGGGCGACAAUUGGCUUCUCUCUCGUUGCCAAAGGACAGGAAGGAGUCAAGUGGUCUGAAUUGCUUAAAGUUGGUAAGCAAUAACCUUAUGGCCAUCUUUUCCUUAAUAAAUGCAGGCCUUGAUUUCAGUAUGCAAUUUUAAUGUGGCAACAGCAUUGUCUUGCAGUAGCAAAUAUUUAGUGUGUCCUUAAUUCUUUUCCAGUGCUGUCCUGGUUCAUCUCCCCCCUCCUUUCUGGCAUCAUGUCUGCUGUCCUGUUCUUUGUUGUCCGUAGGUUCAUUCUUUCCAAGGUAGGUCUUCCUCCCAGUAAAACCUGAUGUGCAUAUGAGAUGAAUGUGGUGGGUGGGGACUCCUGAAACAUGCUGCUGCCGGCAUGUCAGAACUCACAUUGAGAGCCAUGAGGUCUAGAAGCUUUAUUAACUGAAGCUGGAAUGCUAAUAAUGGAUUGCAAAAUGUGCCCCCCCCCAAGGUAGCCUACAGGCCUAGUGUAAUUUUUAAUUUGUGUCAGUCUGUGGACAGCUUCCACUUGGCUGGACACUUGCCAAGUGAUGGCAUUUUCCCUUUCCUUGGCACUGACUAUGCUGAAGAGAAUUUUAAAAAAAUAUAGUUUAGUGUUCUAGGCAGAACAAAUGUUAUGUAAACCACAGUUUAAAAAAUUGCAUAUGUGGCUUAUGUGAAAUGUAAUUUAAGUUUUCCCCAGCAGCAGAUUCUCACAUCUCUCUAAAAGAUGAAUUGUCUCUGUUACAGCUGUCCAGAGUUCUCUGUUGAGAGGUUGUUCCUUUUCAUGCAGGCACAUGGCUGAAUAGAUCUGUAGUCCACAGUCUGGCCCAGACUAGAUGGGAGGGGCAACAGUGAAUUGCCACUGGCAACUUUGAAUCUAGAUUUGAGUAGCAUUGUAUUCAUUUCACAGACCCAGUUUCAAUUGUAUUGUUUUAAAUCAUGCUAUGAUAGUUACAAAGCAAUGCAUUUGUAAAUGUGGGGAAUUCCCCACAGAAAUGUGGGCUUGAACAAUUUUUCACUUAUGUGGUAUUGCUGUGAGCAGAGGGGACCUGGGUUUGCCUAUUGCAAAACUCCUUGUCUUGUAGGUAGAUCCCGUUCCGAAUGGUUUGCGUGCAUUGCCCAUCUUCUAUGCCUGUACAAUCGGGAUCAACCUCUUCUCCAUUAUGUACAGUGGUGCGCCUUGUAAGUAGACAUUGAAACAAGAGCUUGAAUUUUUAUAACCCUUUAUUAACUUCUCAAUCAAACAAAGAAUUUUACCCCUUUUGCUUUACAGGAAUGACUUCUCCUAGAAGGCAGCUGGCCUGGGCCAGUUACAGAAGGCUGCAGGCUCAACCCUAGAUAAUAGUUUCCUCCCUCCUACCCAAGAGGCCUGCCUGCUCACAAUCUAAAUGGCUAGUAGAGACCUGUUCUCCUUAGUCCUCACAGAAGCUGCAGAUUCUGACAGCUUAGCUGCUGAUACUGGGGUGCCACAGGCUCCCUCCUUUAAUUACCUGCAAAUCCUGACACUCUCCUCUUCCCCUCCCCCUUUGCCUCUUUGCUGAGACCUGGGAUGCCAGCUGCUGAGAAAGAAGGGGGCCUUCUCAACAUUCUGCUUAAUGAAUUCAGGCUCAUGGCAGGGCAAGAGGCCCUGUGGUGUUUUUUCCGAUGAUGCCUUGAUUGCGUUUGAUCCCAAAUAAUUCAUCCUGUUAUCCUCCCGCCCCCAAGAAGAGCUGCUGGCAACCAAGUACUUUGAAGAGGAAUUCCAUGGUCCUUUCUUGUGUUUUUCUGGGGUCUCUCAGUUGAAAUCUUAAACUGUCUGUUACUAAGAGCAGGAGAAAGAAGCUGCCUUCUAGUUCAAUACUUAAGAUGUAGGAUUAGGUUGUGCCUGGUGGAAAGCAGAUGGGUGUCAGCAAUUCUAAGUUUCAAGUUGUCUAAUGAAGGUUAAAAGCUUAGAUUUGAAUAUUGGUUGCCUCAAGGUGAGAGACGGUGGCAGCUCUGACACAAAGAAUAUGGAGCAAGGGUAGGCUAUGGCACCAUGUCCCACUUGGAAUGGGGGAUAGUUUGCGCCACAGUUGUUCUGUGGUACUUGGGGGUCAGAUAAAUGUCAAUCACAAAUCUGCGGGCUCCCUCCUGGUUUUGCCUUGGAGCCUUUUGUUGCUAUUGACACAUUCUGCAUCUAGCCUCAUGCCUUUAGGGGGGCAAGUAAACAAAAAGUGCAGCUAACCAUGGAAGCGAUGGGUGGGGGUGGGCAGGGAGAAGAAACCAGGUGUGUUAUGUUUGGAGGCUAAGACCUAAUUUGAACUACCUAAUUCCAGCAGGGCAAAUCCUUUUCUGUAAAGGAGGCCUUAUGCUGUGAGAGGCCCUGAAGUUUCUGUAGCUGGGCCAAUUGAAGCGCUCUCGGGCUAACUCUGUAAAAAGACUCUUGUGAGUCUGAGACAGGUUUGGGAAGCCUGAUAAUGUGAGUGGAGCUGUUUCCAAGCUUCACAAACACUGUUAACGGAGGGAGGGUUUUAGAGCAUGUGGAUGUUGGAUGGAAAGAAUGUAACCUGGCAGGUUGUAUCUUUUACUUCUGUUAAGCUGCAGUUGUAACUUUGAAUGCUAGACUUCAUGGCCUGUUGAUAUGGAAGACAUAGAUGUUGCAGAUCUCAGAAGAGCAAGAAACCCUGGUCACUAAACCUUCUAUUCAGCUGGGGAAGAGCUCUUUUGUGCUGGGAAGGGCCCCGCCGGCCUUGGGGUUUUCAAGAUGCAUUGUUUUAUUUCCUAGUGCUGGGCUUUGACAAACUUCCCGUCUGGGGCAUCGUCCUCAUAUCGGCGGGGAGCGCUGUUGUGUGUGCUCUCAUCGUCUGGUUCUUUGUCUGUCCAAGAAUGAAGAAGAAAAUUGAACGUAAGUACAUUUAGAAUUGUACAUAAUGUAAGCUUGCAAAUGUAUAUCUGAAUGCAGUGAGAGGCUGGCUGUUUGCUUUCAAACGUAAUCUAAACAUGAAGCGCCCUUCAUGCAUCUUCCCACAGGGCACUUGACUGGCACAAAUGGAUGUCUUCUGGAUUUUGUGCAGUUGAGAACUUAAGAGCCUUUUCUGUGUGCACUUCUAUCUGUUCCCUGUGUCAGGCCAAGUGACAAAAGGCAGACAUAAACUCUAUGCACAUAGGUGGUAGGAAAGGGAUACCCAAGAGAGGCAUGUCUGUCACAUCUAAAGCCCUGGAUGCAGAACCCUGUGCACGUCCUCAGCUUUUUUUGCCCAGUGUUUUCACAGAUGCUAUAAACAGGAUUCAAAACCUACUAGCUCAGGGCUGCUGCUUUAACAGAGAGGCAAGGCAAGGUUUCAGGCAUCUCUUUAUGCACAUUAUGAAGGCUUUCUCUCUUGUCCUCCUGCAACUUCACUUCCUUCUGCAGAAGAGAUCAAAUCAAGUCCCUCUGAAAGUCCCUUAAUGAAGAAGAAGAGCAGCCUGAAAGAGCAGGAUGAGGCCAAGGUGGAUAAUAAGAUUGCUGAUGAUGACCAGAGGAGUUCCCCUACCGAAGGGGAGCCGUCUUCUGUGCCCCACAGAGCAGCUGUGGAGGAAAGGAUGGUCUCCUUCAACCUGGGAGAGCUGGAGGAGAUUCCAGAGCGGGAGCGGCUGCCCAGGGUGGAGAUGAAGGAGACCAGCAUUGACAGCGGUGAGUUGGCUCUGAAGUGGGGCAUGAGGGGUGGGGUAGCUCAAGCAAGUGUGAGCUGUGAUGCCAGGGCAGUUUCCCUUCUUGUGCCAACCCGGACUUUCUGCCUGCAGGAGCCAUGUCCUUUCCAAACGGUAGCCUUGCCCAAUUCAACCAGGCUGUCAGCAGCCAGAUGAGUUCCAGCGGGCAUUACCACACGGUGCACAAGGACUCUGGCCUCUACAAGGAACUGCUGCACAAGCUCCACCUGGCCAAGGUGGGGGACUGCAUGGGCGACUCCUCAGCGGACAGCAAGCCCCUGCGCCGCAACAACAGCUACACCUCAUACACCAUGGCCAUCUGUGGAAUGCCCCUGGACUCGUUCCGGGUGAAGGAGGCUGAGCCAAAGGGAGCAGAUGAGGCGGAGAGGCUGGCAUGGUCUGGAUCAGAUUCCAAGAAGAGGAUCCGGAUGGACAGCUACACCAGCUACUGCAACGCUGUGGCCGAUCCCCACCCAGCCGAUGUGGACUUGAGCCAGGCAGAGAAGGGUGGCAGCAGCGGCUCCCUGGAUGAGUGGCACGACCAGGACAAGCCAGAGGUGUCCCUCCUCUUUCAAUUCCUGCAGAUCCUGACGGCCUGCUUUGGGUCCUUCGCCCAUGGGGGAAAUGAUGUGAGGUCAGUGGCUGGGCAGCUUGAGUGGUUUAGAAAGUUCUGUUUUCCCAUAAGGCCCUGCCUGUAAUGGAGCAUUUGGCAAAAUGGCUCCCUGCUGGGGUUUUCCCUUCUUUGUCUUUCCACUUAAUUGAUCCCUGUGUGUUCCCUUUUGGCAGCAAUGCGAUUGGUCCUCUGGUUGCCCUGUACUUGGUCUACAGAACAGGCGACGUGUCUUCAAAGGUGGCGACACCGAUUUGGCUCUUGCUGUACGGUGGUGUCGGGAUCUGCACUGGCCUGUGGAUCUGGGGGAGGAGGGUCAUUCAGACCAUGGGGAAGGAUCUCACUCCCAUCACACCAUCUAGGUAAAGUGGAAAGCUUUUUUGCUUUAUACUGAGCACGCUGAGGGGGGGAAGUAAACUGUGUGGUUUGGAGGGCUGGGCUGGAAUGGAGCUGGCAGAUGUAAGGACCCUAUUAGCUGAAAAGGUCUUGGGUUUGUCCACUUGCUUUGAAGGUGUUUAGAACUCUGUUAUGUAAGCAUCAGUGUGAAGGUUUGUCAUCACACCUAAAGUCUUCCUGAUGCAAGCUUACCGUCUCUGACAAGAAAAAUAACCCCCAGCAAAGCUUCAGCCAUGCCUUCUUCUGAAGCAGUUUUCUUUAGUGAAUGCUCUUGACCCCCUGAAAGUGGUGGACACUCCUUCAUUGGAGGCUUUUCAGCAGAUGUUGGCUGGCCAUCUGUCAGGGAUUCUUGAGCUGUGGUUCCUGCAUGGCAUGGGGUUGGACUAGAUGAGCCUUUGGGGGUUCAACUUUGAUUCCACAACGCCUCAACUAUCUGCCUUGUUCCUUUCACCCUUGGAGCUAGUUCUCUUUCUGGCAGUGCUGCGUGUUUUCUUCUUCAUACCUGCUCAGUUUAUUCAGCUUUGCUUCAUGCCCUUCCUGAGUUUGCUUAGCGCUUUGUAGCCUUCAGCCUUUGAACUGAGUAGCUGUGCCUUGUGCACAGCGGACAAGCCUUUCAUCUGCGCCAGCCUCCCCUGGGGGCUUUUUCCUCUAGCCUCCUUGAUGUGUAAAGGUUUGCUGUUUCAGUCUUGGCAGCAGAGCAAAAAAAUGUGACUGCUAGGACACUCUAUCUCUUCAGGGCUCUCACUUAUCAUAAAGGUGUGUGUUUGGCUCUGCGGAUGCCAAGGUGCUCUGCAUCACUCACCUGUGCAGCAGCCAAAGGCGCUCACCCCUUCCUCCAACCUUAGAGCAGAGGGAGGGGUAACAGGAUAAUUGCAGCCCCCUUUGGAAGCUCCAGGAGGAAGAGGAAGGCUGGGUGCUCCUUUGCCAGAGGGUGGUGAGCGUAAAUUGUGAUAUACCAGACAUGGAUAAUUUAAUAUUGUGUCCUUGACUCUGUUGCCAGCCCUGAAUGAGGCCUUGAAGAGUGUGGGUGUGUCAUCCUGGGAUGUCAAUUCAGGCUUACAGCUAGACUUCAAAACGGAAUAAUUUAGAGUGGGGCAGCCAAAUGUUACAUGGUUACCAGUAACUGCAGGGUCCCUUUUCUUUUAGCUGCAGCUGGAAGGCAGAGCGUCAGCUUCCAACUGCCUUUCCUAUGAGCAAGAGCUGUGAGCCCAUUCAGGGUAAAAGAAGGAGAAAUGACAGGGCAGUUGGAGGCUGCAGUUUGCUUCCCAGCCCCAGCAAAAGGGAAAAACAACUUGAAAUGGAAGGGGUGGGGAUUGUGACAACCUUGGGCUCCACUUUGGGAACCCUGAUAUAUUGUAGCUGCCCAGUGGCUCAGCCUAACACCAGCUCUUUGUCCACAGUGGCUUCAGCAUUGAGCUGGCGUCUGCUUUGACCGUAGUAAUUGCUUCAAAUGUUGGCUUGCCUAUCAGCACGACUCACUGCAAGGUAAGUGGAAGAGCUUCUCUGCGUAACACUUGGAUCUAUGUCACUGUCAAGGGCAGUCCAGUUGAGGCUCGGGCUCUACAAGUGGGCAUUAGGAAGAAAGUGGGUCUAUAGAGUGGCAGAUUUUGGCUGGCUCAAGAACCGGGGUGGGGUAUUGCAUUUUUAUUCUCAUACCUGGGCUGGGAGAAAGUUGUUUGCUCAAGGCCACCUCGGCUUCAUGGCUGAGCAGGGAUCUGAUUCCUGAUCUUGCAGAUCCAAGUCCUAGCACACUUUCCCUUUUGCCUCUGUCUCAGUUUGAGAACUGGAUUAAGCUUGCUUUUAAAAUUCAUUUGAGCUCUAAGGUAAUGGAGAGUUCUUCACCGUUUUGUGAACUGAAUGAAUUCUGGACUGUUCUGACUAGCCUUUGUGGGCCCGCCUGCCUUGGUGCCUGGGACUUUCAGAUCUUAUCCCUUGUCAGGAGUGCUUGUGCAAGACCUAUGCUUUGUCCCUUGCUGCAGGUGGGUUCUGUGGUCUCUGUGGGAUGGCUGCGCUCCAAGAAAGCCGUGGACUGGCGCCUGUUCCGCAACAUCUUCAUGGCCUGGUUCGUCACAGUCCCAAUUUCUGGUCUCAUCAGUGCUGCCAUCAUGGCACUGUUCAAGUACCCCAUCCUAGGGCGAUGA